AUGGUUGUAGGCUUCAAGGCCACCAUCCACCGCGCAAAGCAUUUUGCAAAAUCAUUAUUAUCCCUUGGCAACAGCAGUUCAACUCCAGACCGAGACGGCGACACAGCCGACAGUGGCGCGAAUGUCAACGCUUCAGCCGCAGAAACAACAAAAAUCAUGACCGACUCUGCCAAGGAUGCAGCAGAGACAUCUUCUCAGAAGAGCCUGAAGCGCACCAGUCUGCACGACGAAAAGGACGAUGGUGGCGAGUGGCAGGUCGUCGCGCGGCCAAACAAAAAGGCCAAGAAGAUUCCGCGGCCGGGGAAAAGUUAUCCAGCGCUCAGCUUUUCCAACAAUGCCCGCCUGCAGUCCAAGAUCAACCUGAAUAACCUCCGCGACUUGGUCACCUACAUUUUUGCAGACGGCACCGGCCCGCAAUGGAUUGGCGUCUCCCACAGGCCGCAUUUCCGAAAGAUUGUUGCCAUCAUGGUUCCAGGAUUGGAAGAAGCCAUGUUCAAGCGCAAUGUCGACUUUGCAACAUACAACGAUGCGAGAGACGACGCUGAUGACACUCCAAGCACGGCCACGACACCAGACGACUACUACCCGCGCGCGUUGAAACGGGACAGAUUACCCGAGGUGCUGGCUCCCUUUGCAGACAUGUUUCCUCAUCUGUGGCCGGUCAAGACGCCCGGUGACGACAAGCACGGGAAAAUGCACUCGCCCAUGGCUGCCUUUCUCACUGCCCCGGCUCCCAAGGAGAAGACGUCGAAGCAAGGCGGCGUGAAACCAGCAACAGAGCCACAGGGAUGGAGAAACGACAGAACACCCAUCACACAGUUGUUGGCCACUGCCGAGGAGCUGGCGGACAAUGGAUAUCUCGUUCACCCGACCCUCUUGCCAGAGGGCGAGCGGCGGGACAACUUUGUUGUGCCCGAUGGCUGGGUCAUUACCAAGGUCGACAAGCUGGAAGAUGGACAAGUUCCCGAUGCUGAAAUACAAAAGGGCAGCAUCACAGCGGGUAGAGAAGUGCUCGCCCUAGAUUGCGAAAUGUGUCUGACGGGCGAGAAUGAAUUCUCUCUCACCCGCAUCAGCAUCGUCGAUUGGGAUGGCGAAGUCGUCCUCGACGAGUUGGUCAAACCCGACAAGCCCAUCAUUGACUAUGUCACGCGAUUUUCGGGCAUUACCGAGGAAAUGCUGGCACCCGUAACCACCACUCUCGGUGACAUCCAAGCCAAGCUUGUCGAGAUUCUUCACCCUCGUACCAUCCUCCUGGGCCACUCUCUCGAGUCCGACACCAAAGCCAUCCGGAUCGCUCAUCCUUUCAUUGUUGACACGUCCAUGCUGUACCCGCACCCGCGCGGUCCUCCACUCAAGUCCUCUCUCAAGUACCUUGCUCAAAAAUACCUCUCACGGGAGAUUCAAAAGGGCGGCGCCCAUGGGCACAACAGCAUCGAGGAUGCCAAGACGUGUCUCGACCUCGUCAAGCAAAAGUGCGAAAAGGGCAAGCUCUGGGGCACAUCCGAAGCCCAGGGUGAGAACCUAUUCCGACGACUUGCCCGUGCAGGGACCUCGUACAAGGCUCAGGGAGGCGACGCAGCCGUCGGGGGCAUCGAAGUCGGCAAGACGAGCGCGGCAGUGGACUGGGGCGAUCCAUCCAAGGGACUCGGCGCCGGAGCAACCUACCAGCUGGGUUGCAAGUCUGACGAAGACGUGACGCUAAACGUUAUCCGUGCCGUGAAUGGCGAUCCGGAUGGGCUGGAAAUCAAGGGAGGCGGCGUAGACUUUGUUUGGGCCCGGAUGCGAGAGCUCGAAGCCCUUCAGGGGUGGUGGAACAAGAACAGAGUCGACAAUACAAACAGUGACGGUGGACCGCCAUCCCAAAAUGCGAAUUCCAAAUUAUCCGCUGACAAUGACGACGACGCCGCCGCAUCGUCACCCUUGGAACGGGCUCUGACGAGUCUUACGGAGCGCCUUGCCCGAAUACAUUCUGCCCUGCCUCCUUGCACAGGCAUCAUUGUAUACAGCGGAUCGGGAGAUCCUCGCAAAAUGGCGCGCCUGCAGCAGAUGCAUGCCCAGUGGCGAAAGGAGUACAAUACUCCGGGUAAGAAGUGGGAUGAGUUGAGUAUCAAGUGGACUGAUGCCGAGGACCAGGCUCUUAAGAGGGCUGCUCAAAAGGCAAGGUCAGGAAUCGGAUUUGUAUCAGUCAAGUAG